AAAAAAAAACAAAAAACAAUUUAACCAGAAGCAUCCAGACUCAGAGGACAGAGAAACGCCCUGUGGACGGAGCAGAACUUUCGGAUCUGAGAAGCAAAACGUUUGGGUUAUUUUUCUUUUAUCAUGUCUGGCGAGGAGGCACCAACUCAGCUGCAAGAGGAACCUGAGCAGGUGAAGGGGGCGGCCGUGGAUGUGCAGCAGGAGUCCGGUGGCAGUGGCAGUAGCAGCCCUGUGGCCGGAGAUGCGCCCCUGUCCUGCCGCGCCCUGGUCCUGACGGGCUACGGGGGCUACGACAAGAUCAAGCUGCAGGUGAAGGAGCUGCAGCAGCCCCGGCUGAAGCCCCGGGAGCUGCUGGUGCGAGUCCGGGCCUGCGGGCUGAACUUCGCCGAGCUGCUGGGCCGGCAGGGCAUGUACGAGCUGCUGCCCAGCCCGCCGGUCACCAUGGGCAUGGAGGGCUCCGGGGUGGUGGAGGCAGUCGGGGAGGACGUGAAGGACAGGAAAGUGGGAGAUCGUGUCAUAGCGAUGAGUCGCAGCGGCAUGUGGCAGGAGCUGGUUGUGGUUCCCUCUGACCGCACCUUCCCAAUCCCAGAUGAGAUGAGUUUUGAGGAAGCUGCUGCUCUUCCAAUCAACUACAUGACGGCCUACCUUAUGCUGUUUGAGAUGGCUAAUCUCAGACCUGGCAAAAGUGUUCUUAUUCACAUGGCUGCAGGAGGUGUGGGUAUUGCUGCUACCCAGCUGUGUCAGACUGUGCAGGAUGUGACCAUCUUUGGCACUGCAUCAGCCUCCAAACACGAGACUAUCGUCCAAGGCGGGGUUGCUCACCCCAUCGACUACCGAACCAAAGAUUAUGUGGCUGAAAUCCGCAAAAUCAGCCCAAAGGGUGUGGACAUCGUCCUCGACCCACUGGGCGGCUCUGAUACCCAGAAGGGUUUUGGUUUGCUCAAACCAAUGGGCAUGCUAAUAGUCUUUGGAGCAGCCAAUUGCGUGACGGGGCAGAAGAAGAACUUCUUGGCCAUGGCAAAGACCUGGUACCACCAGCUCUCCCUCAGCACCUUCAAACUGAUGCAGACCAACAAGGCUAUCGCUGGCUUCCAUCUGGGCCACGUCACCAAUGAUGAGCUCCUGUCCAGCACAAUGUCAAAGCUGCUGGACCUGUACAAACAAGGGAAGAUCAAACCUCACAUUGACUCCUCCUUUCAUUUCGAGGAGGUGGCUGAAGCCAUGAAGCGCAUGCAUGAACGCCAGAAUAUUGGAAAAGUUAUUCUUCUUCCUGACCCCAAGAAAAGGGAAGAAAAGCCAAAGUCUGAAGAGUCUGAGGCGGGAGAACAGGUGGAAAAAAAUGAAGCUGCUGUCAGCGAGAAGGAAGAGGAGGCCACAGAGGAAGUUAAAGCAGGAGAUGAUUGAGUAAGAGAGUUUGAUUGUGUCUUCAAGCUCUUCCUUAACAGGUUUCUCCAAAGGUUUAAGCAGAAAAAAAACAACCAAAAGAAAAACAGAGCAAACCGAGGAACAUGUCAUUGAUUCAGUGUUUUGUUUUUGUCAGUAUUUUGUGUUUGUUGUUUUGUUGUGCAAUAUGCCAGAAGUGCAGUGUCUGUGUUCAUUUUUAAAUAAAGGUUCACCGUGUUCUGAUACAUUAACAGAGGUAUUUUAUUGACAGUAAGUAAAGGGACACAGCUUAACAGCUUUAACAUCAGUAGAGAUAUCAAGCUAGGAUCUGUCCGGAAUGUGUAAAACUAAACUCUGGCUUGCAACUUUAAAGAAUUGAACAGAGGGACUUUGCAUAAACAAUCUCAGUUGCUUUGGUCUUGGAGGAAGAGGGCCUGUGCAGACUGCAGACCACAGCCAGGCCUGACCACUGCUAUCAAUCACACAUAUCUGAAAACAGCCCAGCUCCAAACAUGAGGGGACAGUUGCACAUUACAGUCAGAAAAGAAAGGGAAUUGUGAGGAUUUUCUAGGACGUUUUAGUUUUAAUGCAUUUAUCCAAAUUUUGGUGUGCUUUUGAUUUUUUGUUGCUUGGCUGUCUGAUGAAAGGAGGCAAUAUUCUUCAAAGUUCUUCAACAAACAAGACUGGGGCAGUUUUAGGAUAACCCCCUUCCUGUUAUUUGACCAACACAAAGUCACUGAAUUAAUGAUAGCAGCUUUGACAGAAAGUGAGUGUCUCAGAAGUCUGAAUGUUUGCGACUGCUGUUUUAAUGUUCAAAAUCAAAUUGGCAAAGAACACUUGAAAAUUUGAAUAUUUCAAUGAGAAUAUUUGUGGCUUUUACAGAUUAGGAAUAAAGUUCUUAUUUCAACUUGUAUGUUUUACACCAUUGUUUUUUUAUAAUGACAUUUUUCAUCUUAGUUAUUUAGGGAGCUGGUUUCAAUCACACUUAACUUGAAUAAAGUGUGUUGAAGAUUAAGCACAAGUCUGAUCUGGCAGUAAACAUGGAAACCCGCUCAAAGAUGAAUUCAUAACUACUGGAGAAAAACAAGGAGAAUCUUUUAGUCGUGCAGCCUGAUUUUGUCUUCACGUGUGUUGGUAGGAAAGAUGUGCCACUGAAAUGUCUGUGAGACGAUGAGACAAAGUUGUUCAUUGAGCUUGCUCUCCCCUCAGUGUUGUUGCACAGAUUUCGAAUGUUUAAAGCUGCUUAAGGAAAACUUGUGUCAUAUUGGGCUGUAUCUUUUGCAGUUUCCUCACUUAAUUGUGCCAAAUUCAAAACCAGCUUUCAUCACUACUGUUGAGCCAGCUGUGAAAAUACAAAUGGAGGGACUUCCCCACUUGGCGUCAGGCUUGGAUUUCCUUGCACAGAUUGUUACGCUAACCUGAAGCUUAAACUGUUGGAGGAAAAGGAAAAAACAAUGUGAAUGAUGGUUUUUGUCCUCUUAAUUUUGUCUUGUACUCUAAAUGCUUUAUCGCUUCCAGUUUUUAUUCCUCGCGCAUAUAGCUGGUAAAUAAGUAUCUUAAUAUGUAUGUGAUCAGGUUCUUUAUAUCAGGACCUACUUUUUACUCUUUUUCUUCUUAAUUUUCUCUUUUGUUAGGCUUAGUUGAAUAAUCAAAAGUUUUGUCUGAGCUCAGAUAUUCACAUUUUUUGUCGAGCUGUGGCUGCAACUCAAUGCAGUGACGCAGAUCAUGCAACCAUAGCACCGUCCACACCAUCCCAGCCCCUCACAUUCCUCUCUCCACCCGCUCAGUGCUGCUUUCUGUCAGUCCUCUGAAGCUGACCUCUUGAAUUGUUCUCCCUCUCCAACCACAUAUUGUUUUGAUUUCCAAAGGAUACUCAAAACAAAGUCCUGCAGAUAAUGCUUUAUGUUAUUUACAUUUGUGACGUUCUUUUCUUUUGGCCACUUGAACAAGUAUUGUUAGGGUUGGCCAGGUUUCUAUCUUGCAGUGUGAUGUAAGACCUGUCAUGGACUUUCAGUGGGGAACUGGAGCUUUGUCGUGGCACUUUUGGGAUGUUACUCUGCUUAUUCUUUAAGCAUACAAACCCAGUCAUUCUCACGUAAUAAAUCAGUAUAAACGACCUAAGGUUACAGUUAAAGUAAAAUCUAGUCAGACUGAAAAGCAAACAAGGCUUUUUAUUCUUUUAACACAUGCCUCACAAAAUACUAAAGCCUCUUUUUUAAGUGGUAUGGAAAUGGAUAGUGCUUUAGCAUUGAUACAUGCAAAGAGGGACAUCUAGUGGACAAUAAAAAACAUGAACCUUGAGCUUGAAGGUCCUAGACGUUUCGACUCUUGUCCAAAAUGCUCACAAGCUCCUUUAAUUAAGUCACAAUUAUAUUUUUGCAAAUCUGUUCUCCACCAUUUAACAAUUAUCUGCAUUUUCCUGAAAAAAUGUAUUUGUUCACGUAAUUCAAAAUAAGUUUAUAUUGUAAAUGUUUGAAUAUGAGCAUUUCUUUUAUUGCCAAUGAUGUCAAACUACUCAGUUUGUCUCUUUUGUUCAACAUGUACAUAUUAGCACUCUAAAAGGCUCAAAACCUUUUUGAUAGCUCAUUGAGGUCGAGUGUGUUACUCCAUUGAUGUGUGUCAUAGAACAUUGCUUUUUACACUCCCCUUCGACUGUAGUUGUGUGCAUACUACCCAGACCUUUCUGUAUGAUUAAAGUUUCUCUGAUGCUUCAAA